AUGUUGGACUACAAUGCUUUAAAAAAUGAAACAUUGGACUAUGAUGUUUUAAAGAAAGAUGAAACAUUAGAAAUUCCAGGCGAGUUGGUGUUGGCUUACUUGUUAAAAAAAUACUAUCCAGCAAAACCUGGAAAAUAUCAUGUCCUCUUUUGGGAUGAAUCAAAAGCAAUAUUUAAAAUACAAGAAAACAUUAAAGAUCAUUCAGAUGAGCUUGAACAAUUAAUGAUCCCUGAAGAUAUUUAUUGGAAGGACCUUGCAUCAAGAUCAUCAAUGUUUGAACAUGAAAAACCUGGAUUUGUCAGACAACAUGAAGAGCCAAAUGAUAUUCAAGUAUUUAAAAAUUCACAUAAGACAAAAAAGCAUUCAAAUGCUUAUUCCAAAUUGAAGAUAGAUCACAGUCUUCCUUAUGUUGAUGCAACAAAAAAAGACAUGACUUUUACUUUAGCUGUUUGUGAAAUUGAUUGUACAUCCAAAAAUAUCUGUUAA